AUGUCAUACUCAUCAGAUUCAAUGAGAAUAAGGAAAACAGCUCUGCUAACCAUCGGGCUUCUAUUCUUGUUGGGGACAUUCAUUCUGGCAAUUAACGGUCAAUCCAGCACUGAAUCACUCAUAGUACCAAAUGAUUCCAAAAGCAGCGAACAAGACUCUGGAUCUGUGCCGGAUGGGCGAGCAGGUGUGCCCGUAGAUAGCAAGGAAAAGAGUAAUAAGGAAAAAAACGGCAAGUUGAAGACAGUGGUGAUAUCUUCCGAUAAAAAUACCGAGCAGAAACCGUUGGAACCCUGCACGGUGAAAAAUCAGGCAACAAACCAAUUUUUUGAUCUCAGGUCUUUGGCAGCCAUUAAAAGGAUAUCAGAUGGGAAGACAACAAUAGAGCCACAGCCUUGGGUGGCAAAAGGAUUUGAUUACGGCGGAAAUUUCACAAUUGGAGUUUGUUCAUCUCCAAUCACACCAAACACAGAGAAGGAUGACGAUUUUACAGAUGUGUCGAAUAAAACAAUGGUUGGAGCUUAUUUCAGCUCGUCAGAACUACCGGGGAAAGUAGCACUAGGACAAGCAUCGAGCGAAAUCAAGUUCCGGGGUAGGAAAAUGGUGAUGGAGUACAAGGAUGGAGAUUUCUGUCCGGGAUCGGACACGAGGAGAAGAUCCGCUUUGAUGCUAUUUACAUGUGACCGGACCAUCCAGGAAAAGGCAAAAGUUUCAUACAUUGGAUCGGCAGAUGACUGCUCGUAUUUCUUUGAAGUGAGAACCAUUCACGCAUGUGGUGCAGCACCUACAAAUGAAAGUGUGGGUUUGGUGUGGAUUGUCCUUCUUAUUGGUGCUGCUGCAGGCAUCACCUUCUUUGGAGGCGGAAUUCUGUAUAAGCUAUUUCAAAAGCUUGGUCUUGGGCAGGCUCCAAACCGUUUGUAA